CCAAUCGUCAAAAGUGUAAAAGUUAACGCGAGGAGCUCCCCGCCGCUUGGACCAACAUGCUUAAGUCGGCAGCUAUGCUAACCCAGUUUAGUUGCAGAGUGAGCUCACUGGCAACUGCUAUGCCCGUAACAGGCCUGCAGGCUUACCUAUGCCCCCUCCAGCUCCACAUACCAACGGCCGACGGACCAAUAAGCACCCACUCUUUUGCGAGCCGGCCUUCCAUUUCUCCCCCCAUCAUUCGAUUGCAAGAAAUUGUUUUGCGGUUAACUUGAACUUGAGUCGAGAAAGCGGCCACCAAAUCAUAUCGCACAACGCAAACCUGUGUUAUCCCAUCUCGCAACCAUCCUCUUUUUUAUUUUCUUUAUUUCUUUAAACCGACGACAAAAAAAUUAACGUAAAGCUACCACACCACGCUAUAAUUCUUUUCGUCGCACCCGACCACCAACGUCCGGUCUCCUCUUUUUUCUUCUCUUUUUUUUUUACCCCGGGUCCUCUAAUAGAAAAAAAAAAUUAUGUCGUCCAUGUCGCUCCUCAGAAUUGCCUCGCGGGGCCCCUCCAAGACCUUCUUCCGCGCAAACCGACCCGUCGCUCCCACUCGGUCUACCGCGUCCUUCGUCCCUGGUCUGAUUGCCGGCUCGAGCCUCAACUUCAGCACUACCGUGCCCCGAAAAUCCGCUGCGCAUCACGAGGAGACGUUUGAGGAAUUUACCGCUAGAUACGAGACCGAAUUUGAGAAGGUGCAGGAUGUUUUCGAGUUACAGCGCAACCUGAACAACGCCUUCGCCUACGAUCUCGUCCCCUCUCCCUCCGUCGUUGAGGCUGCACUCCGCGCCGCCCGGAGAGUUAACGACUUCCCCACUGCCGUGCGCAUCUUCGAGGGCAUCAAGGCCAAGGUCGAGAACAAGGAACAGUACAAGCAAUACCUUGACGAGCUAAAGCCCCUGCGCGAAGAACUCGGCGUCGUCCUAAAGGAGGAACUGUAUCCCGAGGUAGCCAAAUAGACGACCCUACCCUCCUGAUCUCGCUACGAACCUCUCAUCGAGGCUCGUUUUUUUUUUUACCGGGAAAGUGAAAAGGGCGAGACGGGCAGCACGAAGAAAAUGCAUAGGUGUACGGGCUGGUGUAUAGCAGGAAGCUUGCUUGGAAGACAGGCAGGAAAGCGAAGAUGGGGUUAGGGGGAAAUAAAAGAGAGAGCUGAUCCGGCAUCAUAUCGUGUCUCGGAUCUGGUUUGUUUCCCGCCUGCAUGUGUAUAUGUCUACUACUUACUACCUUUACCACUUAUUACUUACAACACUACUACUACUACUACUCCGCCAAACAGCAACAGACGAAAUUAGACACCGAACCCCCUCCCUAUCUCUCUCGGGGCUUAGAGAAAAGUAGUUAAAAAAAGAUGAAGCAUUGCAGAAGAUGGUCGCAUUUUUGUGAGGUGUUAUUCAUUUGGGCUGAGAGUUUAUAGAGACGAGAAGCUCGCUCUAUGCUCUGCUGUAAAAGCCUAUCCCGUAUAGCUACCUUAGGUACCUACCUAUCUGCCCAACCUUUCCCACCAACCAAACUUAAUAACCCUUUUCCAAC